CGCGUGGCGUAGACCUCGACGGGCUGCGCCUGUCACACCCGCGGCUUGUUGCGGAGGAGCAGCGGGCGCCAUGGCGGUUCUGCUGGAGACCACUCUGGGCGACGUCGUCAUCGAUCUGUACACCGAGGAGCGGCCGCGCGCCUGCUUGAAUUUCCUGAAGUUGUGCAAAAUAAAAUAUUACAAUUAUUGUCUUAUUCACAAUGUACAGAGGGAUUUUAUUAUACAAACUGGUGAUCCUACAGGGACUGGCCGUGGAGGAGAGUCUGUUUUUGGCCAACUGUAUGGUGAUCAAGCAAGCUUUUUCGAGGCUGAAAAAGUACCAAGAAUUAAGCACAAGAAGAAGGGCACUGUGUCCAUGGUGAACAAUGGCAGUGAUCAACAUGGAUCUCAGUUUCUUAUUACUACAGGAGAUAAUCUAGAUUACCUUGAUGGUGUUCAUACGGUGUUUGGUGAGGUGACAGAAGGCAUGGACAUAAUUAAGAAAAUUAAUGAGACCUUUGUUGACAAGGACUUUGUACCAUAUCAGGAUAUCAGGAUAAAUCACACAGUGAUUUUAGAUGAUCCGUUUGAUGACCCUCCAGAUUUAUUAAUCCCUGAUCGAUCACCAGAACCUACAAGGGAACAGCUCGAUAGUGGUCGAAUAGGAGCAGAUGAAGAAAUUGAUGAUUUUAAAGGAAGAUCAGCUGAAGAAGUAGAAGAAAUAAAGGCAGAAAAAGAGGCCAAAACUCAAGCUAUUCUGUUAGAAAUGGUGGGAGACCUACCUGAUGCAGAUAUUAAACCUCCAGAAAAUGUGUUGUUUGUGUGUAAAUUGAAUCCAGUGACCACAGAUGAAGAUCUGGAGAUAAUAUUCUCAAGAUUUGGGCCAAUAAGAAGUUGUGAAGUUAUCCGGGAUUGGAAGACAGGAGAAUCCCUUUGUUAUGCUUUUAUUGAAUUUGAAAAGGAAGAAGAUUGUGAGAAAGCAUUCUUCAAAAUGGACAAUGUACUUAUAGAUGACAGAAGAAUACAUGUGGAUUUUAGCCAGUCGGUUGCAAAGGUUAAAUGGAAAGGAAAAGGUGGGAAAUACACCAAGAGUGAUUUCAAGGAGUAUGAAAAGGAACAGGAUAAACCAUCUAAUUUAGUUUUGAAAGAUAAAGUAAAGCCCAAGCAGGAUGUGAAAUACGAUCUUGUACUAGACGAGCAAGCAGAGGAUCCGAAAUCAAGUCACUCCCACACAAGUAAGAAACACAAGAAGAAAACUCGUCACUGCUCUGAAGAAAAAGAAGAUGAGGACUAUAUGCCGAUCAAAAAUACUAAUCAGGAUAUCUACAGGGAAAUGGGGUUUGGUCACUAUGAAGAAGAGGAAAGCUGUUGGGAGAAACAAAAGAGUGAAAAGAGAGACCGACCUCAAAACCGAAGUCGUAGCCGAUCUCGAGAAAGGGACGGCCACUACAGUAACAGUCACAAAGCCAAAUACCAAACAGACCCCUACGAAAGAGAACGGAGUAAAAAGAGAGACCGAAGCAGGAGUCCCAGGAAAUCCAAAGAUAAAGAAAAAUCCAAGUACAGAUGAAAGACAGAGAAUCAGACAUGGGUGGCUAAUGUAUUUACUGUUGUCUAACUUGGAGCACCAGGUACUCAGAUAUUGUGUCAAAGCGUCAGAGACUCUGCUUGUUAUUUUUUUUUUCACACUAGGGUUAUGGCCCUUUUCGAUUAAUACUGAUUGUAAAGGGCACAGAAAGACAAUAAAAAGUUGAACAUUUUCUUUGUAUACUUUUGUACACUAAUUUUAUUGUUAUACAUAAAUAGUGGUCUUCAUUUUUCAAGUCUUCCACAUUUUUCACUCUUCUCUUUUUUAAAUGAAGUAUUUCAUACCUACAAAAAUUCACAGAUGUGUAUAUAUAAGGUAUAAAGAAUAGUAAAUAUUUGUGUGCCCAUGAGCCAGCUCAAGAAGUAGAGUAUCACCUGCAUUUUAGAAACCCUCUGUGUGUUCUCUCCUCAAGUGAUGAUUAUUCUGAAUUUUCUAUUUGUCAUUCUCCCGCUUGUUAUAGUUUUACAACAUAUGGAUGUAUUCGUAAAUAAAAUGUUAAGUUUUAUAUGUUUUUGAAUUUUAUAUAAAUAGCAUAAUGUAUGUUUACUUCUGUGACUUGCUUUUUUCAGCUUAGUAUAUUUUGAGAGUCAUUCAUUUUUAUUGCUUUAUAGUGUUGUAUCAAUAGACCACAAUUUACCCAUUCUUCUGUUAGUGGACAUUUGGGGUUGGUUUGUGUGUUUUUGUUUUUGCUGUUGCAAACAGUGCCGCUGUGACCAUUCUGUAUACAGGAGAGAGAUCGCUUGCUCACGCAGUAUGGAAAUCCUCGUCUUUGCAAGAUAAUGCCAAGUUACAUUCUACAGUGGCCGAACCAGUUUACACCCCGACGCGCGUUAUGUGACUUACCUUUGUUUCGCAUUCUCUCCAACACUUCUUAGUUUCUCGCUUUUCAAUUUUGUCAAUUUAGUGGACGCUUAGUGGUAUCUUCUUGUGCCUUCCAGCAAGAAGACUGCUAUUAUUCUUAUGUUUGUUCUAAUAUAUGUAACUUGUUCUCUUUCUCUGGCUGCUUUUAAGGUUUUCUCACUGCUGUUAAGAAAUUUGAUUAUGAUGUGCUUGGUGUAGUUUUUUCAUCAUUCUUCUGCUUGGGCUGUUUACCUGAGGGUUUAUGGUUUUCACCAGGUUGGAAAAUUUGGGGCUAUUAUUUAUUCAGUUACUUUUUGCUGUUUCCCCUCCUCUCAGCCCUCUCCUAAGACUCCCGAUUACUUGUAUGUUAGGCUGUUUGAAGUUGUUGCACGUUACACGGAUGCUCCAUUUGGGUUAAGUCUUCUUCUCUGUUCCGUAUUGAAUAGUUUCCAUUGUUAUGUCCUCACAUUCAUUAAUCUUUUCUCCUGAAGUAUCUAAUCUUCUCUUAAUCCCACCCAGUGUAGUAUUCACCUCAGACAUUAUUUUUAAUUUUAGAAGUUCCGUUUGGGUCUUUUUUAUAUCCCCCAUGCCUCUCCUUAACAUGCUUAUGCUUUCCUCCUUUUUUUUUUUUUUUUUUUUUUUUUUUUU